AUGCAGGCACCAAAUGAAUCCGACCCUGUGGAGCGCACUGAGGGUUCCGAUAACAUGGUCAACAUGGUAGCCGUGCACAGAGAAGAUGGAGAAAUCAAGGCUUUUGUGAGAGCAGACAGCUGUGACGGCAAGUCUGACUGUAUUGUGGAUAGCUCAUGUGAUGAGUUGGCAUCCAUUGCAUACAAAGGUGGGAUCGACACCGGUGCGGCUGGUUGGUUUAGCCAAACCAUGGCCAGAUUCAACAGUGGCUGCACGAAAGAUUUGAGCCUAGAUAGCGCACCGGCUAGCACUCGCUGGGGAUUGGGGGUCCUAUCAGAGCAAUCCGGUGCCGUUAAGCAGCAGGUAAACAAACUGGAGGAACACUUGAGGAAAGCCCAAGGUGACGGGACUCUGAAACCUAUUCAGCACAACAAGGUCGACUCCAUAGUAACUGAACUCAACAACCCGGAAACGUCUGAAUCUGAUGCAAAUUCCUCUGUGUUAUCCGCUGCAGGCAGUACCUACGAGUGUACAUUUGUGCAGCCAGGAACGCAUCGAUUUGACGUUCAAAAAAUCGAAGAAAUAGUAGACAAGUUAGUUGAUGCAAAGCUGUGUAGUUUCAGAGAAACUUACGACGAGGAAAUUAGGGUCAUGCGAGCCGAGCAUGAGCAAAUGGUGAAGAAGGCUGCAAACGAAGUUUUAGAAGAAGUCUCCAUGCUCAUCAGCAGUGAAUCCUCGAAAGUAGAACAAAAGAUAUCCACGCUCCUUGUACAGAAGGUCAAUGAGGAUACUUUAAAUGCUCGUAUAAAGGGGGCAAUUAAGGAGGCCAAAGAAGCUGUUCAACUAUCCAUACAAGAAGGCAUCGACGAAAAGCUAAAUAAGGUGCUGCACGAAACUCGUGAUGCUAUGAAUUCUCAUAUGGCCAGUGUCGAGCGAAACGUCGAAGACAAAAUUGACGAUGUUGUCUCUCGAAUUACAUCGUGUGAAGAAAAGAUGCGGCAAAUCUCCGACGAUAUAGUCGGAAACAUAGAGGCAAGUAUAGCUAAACAAUCCGAUGAAAAGGUUGAACAAGUUAACGAACAGAUCCGGAUUAUGAGGUCCGACUUAGGUGAAAUCCAUUCAAAAAUUGAGCAGGCAAAUCAGGAAGCAACAAGAUUCGCGCAAAGAAUUGAUGCGUUCUAUUCCGAAGUCGAUUCAAUGAUACAAAAAGGAGGUCAAAAUAUCAAAGAUGAGUUGUGCGCCAACUUUGACUCCAAGUGGAGCGACGUGGUGAUGAAGCAUGAACUAGAUGAUAUAAUGCAGAAAGUUAAAAGUUUGGGUGCUGAAAUCGAGGCCAGAGCGGUGGAAACUGCAGCUCAAGAGUGUGACGGUAAACUCGGCGUCUUUAGCAUAAAUGUGGAAGAUAAACUCUCACAAGAUUUCUACCGCAUUAUUGAUGAUCGCGUGCAAAAGCUUAACGGAGAUGUCAUAAAACAAGUCUCAAAUGCUGUCGACCUUAAAUUACGUGGAAUAAAAGAGCCGCAAAAUGAAGACGAUACGGCAAUGAGGGACGCCAUAUGUAAAUCGGUGCAAAUCGCCAUAAUGCAAGAUGUCGCUGCCAAGGUGGACGCCAUUGCAAAAGACGUGCACGAAACAGUGGAAUUGAAAGUGAAAGACGCUGUCCUAAACGCCGCAGCUGCAUUUAAAACGGAAAAUGCUACGCCGGAUGUUGGGGAAUUCCUCAUAAACAGUCCUCCACUGCAUCAUGCAUCUAAUGAGAUCACCACGUGCUCGGAAGCUUCAAACGAGUGUGAACGUAUCAUUGAAAGGUUCUCACAGGUUCUACAACAGUCCGAGCUGCAGAUUAAUGCCGUUGUUAAAACAAGCAGCACGUUGCAGCAUCUGAAUGAAAAGGCUACAGUAAUCAUUGAACAGAUGCGUCAAUGCAUUGAUUCUUCCGUUAAACAAACAAUGGUAGAUUCAAAUGUCGCUGCAGAGACCAUCAAAAACGGGAGAGGAAUAAAUAUUACCGCACCCAGAGAAAUAGAUCUUGUGGGUAACCCAAUAAAUGAUGGCAAAUGCAUUACAACACGUACCUCACACAUGCACCCCCUGUCAACCGGCCCGCCGAUAGGCCCACCGUCAAGCAAAACGGUUACGUUUGACCAUUUUACUCCGAUAUCGAAUUCAAUUCGUGCGCCACAUUUGAAUGAAGAUGUACACCCCGGAAUCUUCUCCAAACUGUUGUGUGGAUACUCAACAUCGCCAUCUCAUAACAAUGUAAUAGACAACCGGUGCUUUACUGCUCCCAUGGAAAGACCAAACACUUCUCAUUACAGGACACCUGGAAACACUAAUUCGGAGCGUUCACUAACCGAACCGUCGAACCCCAUUGAAGUCAAGUACGUUAAUAUGAACGGUCAAGUGAUAAAGGUGACUCAAAGACAUUUGAAACUAAACCAACUAUCGGCCGGACAGCAGGCAGCUGCUCGAGGUGCCUUCUAUUCUCCUAGUGCGCUUUAA